AUGUUGGCUCGCAGCGGCAAAUCACCGGUCACCUCCGCCAGGGAGUCCAGAGCAAAAGUGACGGAGAAGACCACAGAUCCCAUUCGUAGGCUUGGUCUGCUGGACAACGAGGAUGUGCGCGUGAUGAUGCAAGGCUCUAACAUGGUCAAAGUUCGCUCUCCGAGGUGGCAAAAAAGCCGCAACCUGCGCUUGUUGGAGGACGGACUUACCGUGUGGUGCGAGUCAUCCAAAAGUUCUCGCAAGGCCAAAGCCCGUCAGACGUUUGCAGUGACCGAAGUGGAGUGCGUGCGCGAGGGCUGCCAGUCGGAGGCGCUGCGCCGGAUCUCUGGCUCAGUGCCGGACAACCGCUGCUUCACGGUGGUCUUCCGAGGGGCUCGCAAGAGCCUGGAUCUUCUGUGCCCUUGUGAGGAUGAGGCUCAGCGCUGGGUGCGAGGCCUGCGCACGCUGAAGGAGCGUGUCGCCAACAUGACGCAGAAGGAGAAACUGGACCAUUGGAUCCGAGGCUACCUGCGACGAGCGGAUCAGAACCAGGACGGCAAGAUGAGCUACGACGAAAUUCGCGGGCUGCUGCAGAUGAUCAACAUUGACCUGAGUGAGCAGUACGCUCGCUCCUUGUUUAAGAGAUGCGACCGAUCCGGAGACAGCCGUCUGGACCACAACGAGAUCGAGGAGUUCUGCCGGGAGCUGCUGCGCCGGCCCGAGCUGGACGCCGUCUUCCGCCACUACUCCAGCAACGGCUGCGUGCUUUCCACCGCCGAGCUCAGAGACUUCCUGGGAGACCAAGGAGAGGACGCGAGCCUGGCCCACGCGCAGAAUCUCAUCGGCACCUACGAGCUCAACGACUGGGCUCAGAGGAACCAGUUCAUGACCCAGAACGGUUUCACCAUGUACAUGCUGUCACGGGAAAAUGAUGUGAUGAACCCAGAGCACGCCCGAGUCCACCAGGACAUGAGCCGCCCCCUGGCCCACUACUUCAUAUCCACCUCACACAACACCUACCUCACCAAGGACCAAGUGACCAGCGCCAGCAGCACCGAGCCGUACAUCAGGGCCUUAAUUCAAGGCUGCCGCUGCGUGGAGUUGGAUUGCUGGGAUGGAGAUAAAGGCGAGCCUGUCAUCUACCACGGUCACACGCUCACCUCCAAAGUGCCUUUCAAGGAGGUCAUUGUCACUAUCGCACAGUAUGCGUUCAAGACGUCUCCGUACCCUCUGAUCUUGUCCCUGGAGAACCAUUGCUCCGUGGAGCAGCAGGUGGUCAUGGCCAAACACCUUUACACCAUCCUGGGCAACAAGCUGCUCAACAAACCCCUCAGUGACCACGAGCAUAAAGAUCUGCCAUCACCUGAAGCGCUGAGGGGGUGUAUCCUGGUGAAAGGGAAGAAGCAGAUUCCCCAUCUAAGCCAACUGGGAAAGAACGGAAGCUACGGCAGCUUCUCCUCGAGCUCCGAAGACGAGCAGGCGGGCGGAAACAAGAGCACGCCCAAGAAGGAACUGGCUAAGGUGUGCUCCAAACUGAGCGUGGAGCUGUCCGAGUUGGUGAUCUACUGCCAUAGCGUCCCAUUCUGCGGUUUCACAAAUGUGGGCGAAAGGCCUGCAGAGGAAAUGUCUUCCUUUUCUGAAAACGAUGCGCUGAGGCUCAUCAAAGACUCUGGAAAACUCUUCGUGCGACACAAUAGCAGGCAGCUUAGCCGGAUCUACCCUUCCGGACAGCGCCUCCAGUCGUCCAACUAUGACCCCCAGGAAAUGUGGAACGCUGGCUGCCAGAUGGUGGCGCUAAAUUUCCAGACCCCUGGGGAGCAGAUGGAUCUUAACCAGGGCCGCUUUCUGCCCAAUGGUCGUUGCGGCUACGUCCUGAAACCCAGCUUCCUGUGCAGUGGUGAUUCCGACUUCAACCCUGAGAACACGGGCGGGGGACCCGGUCACAUCCCUACCCAGCUGACUAUACGAGUGAUAUCGGCACAGCAGCUCCCCAAAAUUAACACCGACAAGGCAAGCUCCAUUGUGGACCCUCAGGUGUGGGUGGAGAUUCACGGGGUGGCAAUAGAUAACACCAGAGACAAAACACAUCGCAUUGACAACAAUGGCUUCAACCCACGAUGGGACUGCACGCUCAAGUUCCAGCUGCAAGUGCCCGAGCUGGCGUUGGUGCGCUUCGUAGUCGAAGACCAUGAUCACACCGCCAAGAAUGACUUUGUGGGACAGUUCACAUUACCUUUCACAAGCCUGCGUACAGGUUACAGACACGUCCACCUGCUGAAGGCCGACGGGUCCCGACUGGCCCCCGCCACGCUUUUCAUCCACGUCAAAGUGUCCCGCAAGGGUGUUCCAAUCAAACACGUGUGUGAAAGUAUGCCUUCUCCCAAGGGAAAGUCGUAA